AUGGAUAACAAUUGUGUCACGUUGAGAACAACGUACACAGCAUUGUCGCCGCGAGUGCGGGAGAAGUUCCCCGUGCUGGUGUUCAUCCACGGCGAGUCGUACGAAUGGAACUCGGGCAACCCGUACGACGGCACCACGCUCGCCAGCUUCGGCCGCAUCAUCGUCAUCACGCUCAACUUCCGGCUCGGCAUCCUCGGUUUCCUGCGCCCGGAGUUCGGUCCGGACUCAGCGAGCAACUUGGGGCUGCUGGACCAGAUAGCGGCGCUGCAGUGGAUCAAGGACAACAUCGCCGCCUUCGACGGCGACCCCACCAACGUAACGCUCAUGGGCCACGACACGGGCGCCGCCUGCGUCAACCUGCUGCUCGUCUCGCCCAUCACGGAGCAAGCAGAUGGUGGAUGGCUGUUCCAGCGCGCCAUCCUGAUGAGCGGCUCGGCGCUGUCCGACUGGGCGCUGACGGCGAACCCGCGGCCGGUGACCAUCCAGGUGGCGGACGCGCUCAACUGCCCCACGCAGAACGAGCUGCUGGCCUGCCUGCGCCGCCAGAGCCUCGAGGACCUGAUGGCCGUCCAGGUGAAGGCGGCGCCCUUCGUCUCGCCCUUCGCGCCCGUCGUCGACGGCACCUCCGUCCCCAACGACCCAGAGCAGAUCAUGGGCGUGUACCAUAGCCUCUUCAGCAGGUACGACCUGAUGUACGGCGUGACGCAGAUCGAGAGCUACCAGCUGUUCGGCAAAGAGGCGUUGGUGUACGGCAUCCUGGAAAAGGUGUGCCUUGAAACGCUGAAAGAUUACAUGCAGGCGAGGUUUCAGAUCCGGACGGAGCUGGCGGUGGGCGAGGCACAGGCGCUGUACAGCCGCGGCGACUGGGACGCGCCGCUGGACGCCGAGGACCAUCGCGACGCGCUGCUGCACAUGCUGACCGACGCCCGCGUCGUGGCGCCCGUCGUGCGCACCGGCGACUACCACUCCAGGGUCAACGACCGCUCCUACUUCUACGUCUUCACCCACCGCACUGUCUACGGCGACUACUCCAACUCCAAGCCGCAAGGUAGCAUAAGCGGCGAGGAACUGGCGUACGUGUUCGGUGCGCCCGUGGAGGGGAGCCGCCACCAACACCCGCACAUCUUCACGCCUUCAGAGAGGAUCCUCUCCGAGAACGUCAUGACGCUGUGGACCAACUUCGCCAAGACUGGGAAUCCAAACGAGCCUCACCCUGUGACGAGCAACGAACCUGUAGUGUGGCCCAAGUACGACCGUGAAGGUCAAAGGUUUCUUCAGAUAGGUAACCUCUGCACUUCCUUAUUUCGUGAGAACUUUCCUAGCAGCCAAAUAAUAACGGAUUUAAACCACUAUAGUUAUUUAGGAACAACGCAUAUUACUGUACAGCUCCUGCCAACCUCUCCUGCAGUUUAUCAGAAUACUCUGGCAAACAUUAAUGGCACAUCUAUCAAGGAAAUCGACUAUUGUUUGUAUCAUAUGGAAUUUGCAGAAAAUUUCCGAAUUGGUUCUUUGUCAGCUGGUAUGCAUUCUGUAGCCAUGGGGCUGUUAAUAGACGAUCGGCUGUCGGUGGGCAAGCAGUACCGGCGGCGCUACACGGACUUCUGGAACCGCGUGCUUCCCGAGAAGCUGAACAAGUCGUCGCGCGAGAGCUUCCCCAACACGAUGUCGCCGUACGGGCCGGCGCGCGCGCCGCACCCCGACGUGCAGCGCACGCGGCCCUUCGACCCGCACUACAACUUCGAAAAGCCCUUCGGCGCCUCCUCCGGCAACAGAUGGGCGACGCCGCAGCCGCCUGGGGGCGGCGUGCCGUACGGCGAGCGUUCCAUCAACGACCCGCCGGACCACAGGGGCGCCAACGUCAGCGCCGCCGACAAGCCGCACGCCGCAGAGUUCCGCGAGCAACGCGACAAACUGCGCGUCCAGCAGCAGCUGAUGCGCCAGCGCUACGAGGACGUGACGGCGCUCGCCACCUCCGACGAGGACGACGCCGGCGAGCGCUACGUCCACAAGAAGGCCGACGCAGCCAGGCCCGCCACCUCCGCCGCAGCUGCCGCCGUCGCCGCGCGCGUCGCCACCGUCGACCGUCGACUCCGCAGGAAGAAGGAGCUCAUUGGUGCGGACGACGACUACGAAGCCAUCCGCAGCGCCGGCCGCACGGUGGAAGGAGCAGUGGCCGUCGCGGCGCCAGAGGCCGCGCUGCCCGCGGAGGACCUGCCGCUGGCGGGGGCGGCCGGCGCGGGGGCGGUGGCGCGGCGCAGCGCCUGGGGGGCGGCGCGCCAGUACAGCGGCAGCACCAUGGACCCGCACACCAAGGUGCGCGAGUGGAUCGCGCAGGAGAUCGUCCAGCGCUACUCGCCGCGCUUCCUCCGGCGCGCCAAGAAGACCGAAUCGCACGCGCCGGUGCUGCAGUCGUCGCAGAGCAUCCAGACGUCCUUUGACCAGGUGUCAACGUCCACGGCGACGCCGAGACAGCUCAAGCGGCAGCACGCCAUAGAGACGGCAGAGGUGGCUGUCUCAGCUACACCCGCCGACGUGUCUGGGCACGGUUCCCACAGGUCCAGGCCGAAGAAAGUUUCCGUCGCCAUUGAUGCCACUCCGUCUGGAAGAGGCUCGAGCGUAGAGCACUCUAUAAGCAAAUCGAUGGACGAGCUCGGGACCUGCGUCUCUACGUCCAUGUUAACCCUAAAGAAACCCGCCCUCAAGCGGUCGCUGACCAUGGCGGAGGACCUAGCUGUUGCGUCCACUUCUAUUUCGCCGAGAAGCUCGUCUUCUGGCGAGCUGUUGAGCAGGAGCACUGCCAACAUCAGCCUCAAGUACACUCUUCCCAAUCAGCAGGCCCAAAAUCUCGAUAUCGUCAGAGUGGCACACGCUCAUUCCAGAUCAGAUCCAGCGGCCAGUUCUAACCCACAUGUGCCGUCACAACUGUCGGGCUCUAUGAAGAGUGGACAUUCUCAGCCAGCAGAACUUCAUGCUGUAAAUAUCUCCUUAGAUCCUCACACAUCGCCAUCGGUGAUCUACGUCCCUGGUGGAAAGAAGCAGCAAUUGCAGACGUUCCCAGCAGGAAUUCAGCUUAGGUCUAAGGCUCUGCCAAAGAAAGAUGUUGCAAUUACUGCAACGCCCAUUCCUGUGGACGUCAAUGUGACGUCCAGAGACAGCAAUGAAGAAGAAACAGCCCAUGCAGGUGAUCCUCUGUCAAAUAUUCAGAAGAGAAAAUUUCCAAAAGUGCUGCCAGACUUCCCACAAGACGCUCCGGCCAACGAGGUCGAGACGAUGGCAGCCCAGGCGGCUAACUUCAAGAGGAGGUCGCUUCCACCCAAUUCCCUCUUCAUGGCGUUGCCAGUCUCAGAAGUACCUGGCUCUCAGUCAUCUUCUGUUGCCUCAUCAGCAGCUCCUUCCAAAGACAUUCCAGGAAAGUCGAGUCUCACCAAGGUGCCGCCACCGCCACCGCCUAGGAUAUCCUCGACUCUGGGCCGAAAGCCCGCCAACACGGCUCCCAUCACACCACUUCCCACCAUUCCAGCUGGAACUGUACCGGUUCACACCAGUUCCGAAAAGAAGACUCAGGCAGCUGCGGAGGUGCCUGUAGCAGCUACAGCUUCUGCACCGUCCCAUUACCAGAGGAUCGAGCCGAGGGUCAUCAUCAAGCCGACCAUCACCAGUCCGCAGACUAAGAAGGCUCAGGCAGCCCGCGGUCUGCAGAGCAUACCCCGCGUGACACCUAGCGAUCCAGUGACGCAUCCGGCACCCGGACCGCCGUCGCCGCGCUCGCCGGUACAGAUGGAUAAACAAUCUCAGCUUAGGGCGGCUGAUCCGUAUGUGCUUCCUGUGGCCAGGCAGCUUCCGACAGUUGCCACUGUCCACCAAGCCCCGAGUAGUCCUCAACAGCCUCUACAGAGCCUUCCAGUUGUUCCAGAGGAGGUUAAUCACCCGCAGCAGCAGUCGGCUGUUGCUUUCGUCGCGCCCCAGCAGAAAGCCCAAGCGAAGCAGACAGCGGCGGGAAAACAGGCACCGUCCUCUCCGGGCAAAAAGCGCCUGCAGCCCGUUCUCAAAGUUGUCGCGGAGACGUCGACGGACCCGUUCGAGGACACCGACUCCAGUACCGGCACGGUAAAACGCGUGAAGCGUCCCGCAGCGAAAGCCGCCCAAGGACAGACUCAGACGCAGCGGAAACCAGCGACCGAGGCAGCGCAGCACGCGAGUCCGAAAACGACGAAGAAGGCUGCGCAACAGACGAAGCAGCAGACCGCUGCGCAGCAGUCGACGCAGCCGGCGGCACAGCAGGUGUCGCCGCAAACGAGACCGGCGGCGGCUACGGCUAGCGCCACGACGAGCACCUCGGAACUGAGUUCGCCCUUAACCGAGGGCCGUGCUCACCCGCCGAAGAAGUGGUACAAGCAGUACCAGCACUCUUUCGUUUCCAAAUCGGAGGAUGACCAGAAGACAUAAUAUUCGCGCGAGCAGUAUUCGUAUUUCCAGAGAGCUUAUUAUGCUUUUGUACAAAACAAAAACUUUUUUGCUUAAUUUUUCUUUUGUAAUUUCACUUUUUUUUUUCAACGUCUCUGCGCUCCUACUUUGAGAGGCGCUGUUUCAGAGGCGUAUCGAGACACUUGGGCACGUCCUGUAUUCCGUCUGUUGUACAAAACUCGAAGUAUUAUUAUUACUACCUGUCCGUAUUGCUGAGAAGUUUAUUACAAGUUCCUUCCGCUGUAGACACUAACGUUGGUGAUGCUGCUUUUUUUUGUAUAUUGUUGUCAUUUGCGCAUCGGAGCUGAAGCAUGCGGCAGACAGAAACUGUGUCCCCACCUUUCCUUUACGCGCUGUUAACAGUAGAUUAGUAGUAACGUCUGACCACAUUAAGAACGUGUAAUCAUCUCCUCAAUGUUUCCAUAAGAUGUUGUAACAGCACAUUUAACUCUCGCAUGUAAGAGAAAGAACGCGAAUAAAAUAAUACUUUAAAUGUUAAGAGUAAAUACAGUUUAACACUUUUGUAUCGCUCUGUGUUUACCAUGAACGCAAAACAUUUACUACGCUGUGACCUUAGCAGAACUGAAUAUUGAUGCUUCCACUGAAAUAAAAUGUUUGUCACCCGUAACAUACCGCCCAAAUUUUGGUAUACGUUAAAGUCUACACCAAUUAUUAUGCAACAUACAGGUUGUAACUAGAACCCCUACAGAUUUUGAGGUCAGGUUCCUUACACCAAAAGAAGAAAAGAUAUCUGGUACCAUAAUCUAAAAUAUCUAGUACCAUGAGAGCUCUGAGCACUUGUUCGUCUUUGAUACUAUGAAACAACUCUUCUGCUGAAAGCUCUUUGUUUCCAUAUUAUGGGAGGGACCAAUAUGAGAAAAAAAGUGUACAAAUAUGGCCUCUAAAAUGCGUACCUCAGGAGAUACGCGCACUUGACAUAAAAGUUUUCUUGGUAUCGUACCGCGUCAUAAUGCAAAAAAAAGAAAAAGAAAAAAACUAUGCUGGAGAAACCAAUGUUUCAGUCACUACUACAUUUACCUUCUUCCGAGUCUACUGAUGUUUUUUAUCUGUGUGGAAUCUCUUAUAUUUAGUCAUUGUUGUUGACUGCGCAUAACGUUACGUCAUAAUUUUGAAAGGUCGUUGUUGUGAUUGGUCACCUGAGGCGGACGGAGCGGAAACUUUAUUUAAAUAGGUUGCUACGGUGCUGGAAGUGGGAAUCUGCUGUUGUCUAUCG